GUUCCUUUCUCAGAUGAUGUUGUCCAGCUUACCUGUCAGAUACCUGAUUUCUGGGCUCGACUUUUUAAAAAUGCAUCAUAUAUUAGGUCACAAACGUACUUUUCAGGCCCAGAUAUAUCUAUAAGCUGAUAACAGGUGGGUGAGAGAGAAAAUCGCGCGACUCUCCGGGAACGGGGACAGGGGAGAGUCGCUGGCUGCCUGCCUCCCUCCGGCGAGCGCGUCGCCGUCCGUCCCCCGCUGCCAGGCACCCCUGAAGCUUCCCCUCCGCCGCCGCUGCGCCUCGCCUUGGCUUCCCCCGCCGAGCGGCGGUUACCUCGGCCGCAUCUCUGCGUAAUGACGCGCGGGAGGCAGGCGGGCCAGGAUGGGGAGAGGAGCGAAGAGGAGGGCGAGCGCGAAGGAGGUGGGCAAAGCACGAGAAGAGGAGGCGGAGAGGAGCCGAGCAAGCUUUUAAAGCGACAGCCGAGCCUCCCCUUCGCCCAGUGCUGAGCUGCGGCAGGAAAGGCAGCGCGGGCGGGCAGAGCGCCGACGGCAGCAGGCGCCGGACUGGACUCGACUCUCUUCCCCGCCUCGACGUUCUCCGCCCCCGGGGGAAUCCUCGCCGAUCGCAGGGGGGCGCGCGGAGGGACCCCGCCGGAUCGGGCGCUUCUCUUCACCCAACGCAGCUCCGCCCUGCCCUGCCCUGCCCUGCCCUGCCCGCUCCUUGGCGUCCUCCUCCGCCGGCUCAGCCGCCUUCUCCGCUCUCGCCGGGCACCAUGCUCGGGCCGGGGCUCCGCGGGGUGCAGCCGCUGACUUUGCCGAAGUUGCCCUGCUGGUGCCUGCUGCUGGAGUGGCUGUGCUGGGCGGGGGCGCGGGGCCAGGAGAUGUACGCGCCGCACUCCAUCCGCCUGGAGGGGGACAUCACCCUGGGCGGCCUCUUCCCGGUGCACGCCCGGGGCUCGAGCGGCGUGCCUUGCGGGGACAUCCAGCAGCAGGACGGCGUCCACCGCCUGGAGGCCAUGCUCUACGCCCUGGACCAGAUCAACAGCGACCCCGAGCUGCUGCCCAACGUCACCCUGGGCGCCCGCAUCUUGGACACCUGCUCCCGGGACACCUACGCGCUGGAGCAGUCGCUCACCUUCGUCCAGGCGCUCAUCCAGAAGGACACCUCCGACGUGCGCUGCACCAACGGCGAGCCGCCCGUCUUCGUCAAGCCCGAGAAGGUGCUGGGGGUCAUCGGCGCCUCGGCCAGCUCCGUCUCCAUCAUGGUGGCCAACAUCCUCAGACUCUUCCAGGUAGGACGCGUGCUCGGGCGGCAGCUCCAGCAGCAGGUGGCUGGCGAGAGCCGAGCGCCGGGCGGGAGACCCAGGGCUUUGAUGGAGGCGCGGUUGCACCGCGGAGCAGGAAGAGAUAAACCGAGCGCGAGCAAAGGCGUUUCAGUUCACGUUUCCGCGACUGCACUGAGCUGUUGGCAGCCUUAGAGCUGACUUCUAGGGGGGGCCUGGAAGUCAGAUUGGUUAUCUUUUUCUCUGUCCCUCCGCGACGACCUCACUUCUGGGGUGAUGGCACUUAUUUCUGGGGUAGAGGGUGGAGGAACGCAGGCGGACCACUGACUUGUUUGCAUGCUGUGCCUUGAUCCCGGAGCGCACACUCCCACCUCCGGAUAGUUUUGCUUAUCGAUUUGUUCCCCAGUUUCUCUUUCGCUGGCUUUCCCUUCUCGAGUGCACUCUCCCUGCAACGACCCUUUUUUCCGAGGCUGCCUCUGGAUGUACGAUCCCAGUUACAAGCAGUCUGUGAUUCAAGCUCACAGAUUGUCCGUUCGGGUCUGUGACUGAGAGGAUAGAAUGGAGGACAAAUGCGCGGGAGAUGCGAGAGCCUGGCUUCACUGAAAUUUACAUCAGGGGAACUAUUGUUUG